GGGGAUUCUAAUUUACAGUUGACGCUGUGUUCUUCAAUUACCAAUUCAAGCCACCGAUGGACAUGCAGAUUCGAAUUCGGUGUCCGCAAAAGAUCAGAUGGAGGAUACUGCAGACGUCCCAGAUCCCGAGCCCACAAAUGUUAAGGCCACCUUUGAUAAUGCAGACAAUCCAGUCGCUAAUUCAGAUCGAUAAAAUUCAGGUCACCGAUGAGAAGGCUGUGCUCCGUGAUCCACAAACUGAACUACAUAAAGAACAGCUUACCGAUGAGAAUGCUGGCAUCCCGGAGCCGAAUUUUGAAGUACCUAAAGAGCAGGUAAUAUUGAACCCAAUAAUAGACGACCCUCAAGCCUUUUCACUUGGUCUAACUCAAGAAGAGAAGAACCGUGAGGAAGCUCGGCUAAGAGAAGAAGAGCAGAAGAGCAGAAUGGAUGUUGGAGAUUCUUCCAAAGUUCCUCCUCCGAUAUGCAAAAGCUUGCGCCCAAGAGCUCCUGCAUCUACAUCUUCAGACUUUGUGUACCCUCAGAAACAGCAGAAAAAGACCGACAAAUCUGUAAAAUUGUCUGCUUUUUUUUUCCUAGACCCACCUCUGAACAAGUUUCCUUGAAGCCAGAAUUAAAGA